UGGGCGGGUAUGGGUAUGGGUAUGGGUAUGGGUAUGGUAGGGCUUAGAGGGCCCGCUGGCUGGUGCGGGUCAUGCGGAUCAUGCGAUGCGGUUCGUGUCGUGGGAGUGUCCGUUAGUGACGUAUUUGCUUGGGUUACGAUAUCAUGGUACUAUCAUUUCAGCGGAAGCUCCCGGUAUAUAUGGUACGGGGAGAAUAGUGUAGAGUGAUUAUAUUGGGGAUAUGGAGGAGCCAGCAGGAAAGGUAGGAAGAGGAUGGCGGAGCAGAGGCAAGCAUCCGCACAAGGCGGGUAUCUGCCUCCUCGCCUUCCACAGGGAUCGUGGCACCUCUCAAGAGCGUGGAGGCCGUGGUGUGAUAGCCGGUUUGGCAAGGGGUGCCAAUGGAUGGGUGGUGGGCGUGGUGUGUAAGCCUUGUUUUCUACUGCAGCUCUAUCUUACUAUCACUUCUGUGGGGGUGGAGCAUCAGCAACAGGAGCCUAAUAUGGGGGAAGGAGAGUUGUUGAUGGAUUUAUGGACUGUGGACUGUGUUUUGGAUUUUUUAUUUUAUGCAUGAUGAUCUUUUUGUUUUGGGCGGGGG